UAACCAUCAACAUCUCAAGCCACAUCCUAUACCAAAGCCUCAAUAUGAAGAACCUCUCCCUUGCAACACUUCUCCUCUCCCUCUCCGGCUCCCUCACAGCAGCCUGGAAUGUCACCGCAUACAGCAACACCGACUGCACCGGCUACCUGACCUCCAUCACGGGGGAGCAGAACUGGGGCUGCUACUGGCUCACGGGCGUCACCGAGCCCAUUCAAGCGAUGAGGAUCGAGGAACUUCCGGAGGGGUGGAGGUUCAUUGCAUCGAGUGGCACGGCCUGCGAUACCUUUCACCAGGCUGGUGGAAACGGAUGUUAUACCCAGGGACAGGGAUUUCAGUCAUUUGAGAUUAUUGGGUCGAGCAGCUGAUUGAGAGAGAUCAAUGAUUGCAUGGUACAAUGUUCAUCUUGGGAUUGGAUACAGUUUCUUCGCUCCGAUUUACUUGAAGUGUCUCAGUGGUCAAAUACACAAUUUUUAAUUGAAGUUGACUUUAAUG